AAAAAAAGAAGAAAGAACUUUUUUAAACAACGUCGACCCACUUUGGCGAUGGGAUCGUGUAAUUAGUGUGGCUCCUUCUUGGACAUGGAUAAUUCAUGAUGCGCAAAAUCGAAAGUUAGUCGAGCACAGCUCGCAAUGCCAACAACAUUGUGAGUGGCCAAAAGCAAAAUCAAUAAAGGCAGGUCGCAAAGUUCUCGACUCUCGACUGGGGCCAAUGCCAAGCAACCACUAAAUAUCAAAAAACAGAGCUAAGAAAUAAGGUAGCCAUGACAACGCGACUCAAUAAACAAAUGUACACCACCAACUGCAGUUGGCUACUGACAGUUGCUGCACGAGCACCACACACAGGACAAACAGGAAAAAGGACUCUGCCUGCCAGGACUAAACGAGGACUCACUGGAGAGAGAGUGUGCCAUAAAAGUUGCCGCCACACUUGGAGAGAUGUUUCCACAGGCCGAGCUGGAGAACUACAAGCUGCAGGUGGAGCUGCUGCAGGAGAAAUUGCAACGCAGCGAGGACAAUCGCCAGCAGCUGGAGCACAAGCUGGAUAAAGUCUUACAAAAGCGCAGCGAGUUUGAUAAGUGCGUGCGGCAGAAGAGCAGACAGAAGUACCAAGAAUUUCUGGAGGAGCAGGCGAAACGCAAUGAGCGCAACAAAAAGCUAGUUCAGAUGCUCGAGCGCAUUGAUGAGCAGACGGCAGCGAUGUCGCAGCGCAGCGAGCGACUCAAAAUGAUGAAGUUGCAAUACCAAAUGUACUUUGCUAAAUUGGUGCAGCAUCAAACGCUGCGCAGCAUUCAACAGACAACAGCAAUGCCAGUUAUGCUGCAACCACAAGCAACAGCAAUAUCGAAUCCAACAGCAACAACUGCUGCUGCUGCUGUUGGAGUUGCGACUUCGCCUGGUCAAUUGCUAAAUCCAAAUCCUACGCAGCAGCAAUGGGCGUACCCAGCACAGCCUGGCAUGUUAUUAGCGCCACAGUUUACGCCUCAGCCAAUGUAUAUGCCGAUGCCAGUGCCAGAUCUUUAUGGUGGCAUGAGUUUGGGCGGUGGCCAGGCAUUGGGCACAUCCAAUCUGUUCGAUCUGCGCGCCACGUUGCGUGCUCUGGACAAUGAGAAUGCCGAUUUGCCGGAGCGCAUGACACGCUCAGCAGCAGCAGCAGCAGGUGAAUAUCAAGGAGACAGAGGAGCAACACCAGCAACAUCAUCCACAACGACGACGCCUUGCUCGCCGACAAGAGACAAAAGCGUCGCCAGAGAGCUGAGUAGCACAUCGUCAACAUCGCUGGCAACAUCCUCGUUGACAUUUGAUAAAUUGCCAAAGACGGCAACGCUGACUGAGUUGACUGAGACGCCAGCAGCAGCAGCAGCAGCAGCAGCAUCAUCGGUAGUUGCAGCUGUUGCCGAUGACGUUGGGCGACCACAAAUGGCAGGGCUACGCAGGGGCAGCCAACAACAGCAGCAGCAAAUGGAGCAACAUCAGGAUGCUUGGCCAAAUUCACGCGUGACUAAAGUCGAGCAUGAAAAAUCGCCAAGUGUCGCUGGCCAUAAUGAGCCGGGCCAACAACAACAGCAGCAACACAAUUUCGAAGCAUACUUUGGUGAGCUGAAAAUCGAUGAGCCCUGGCAGCAGCUACCAUCCACAACAGCAGCAACAACGAGACCGAGAGAAGACAAACUGGAGCUGAACGUGCGUGCAACUGGCAACGGAGGUGGCAAUGGGAACGGAGUUGGAUUGGUUGGUGGCAUCAGCAACGAUUUGCUAGACGAAGUCAAAGCCAGCCGUGCAGCUCUGCAGAAGGCAGCGGCUGCGGUUGAUGAGCAGCUCGCAAGAGGUAAUCAAUUGUCGCCAACGGCAACGAGUAACAUCAGCAACACCAACAACAACAGCAACAUCGGCAAUGAGGCAGCUGCUAAGCCCAGAGUGUCGAUUGAGAAUAUUGAAAAUGCCAUUUACGGGGAACGUUUGACAGGCUCAGCCACAGCCACAACAACAGCAGCAGCUACAGCAGCAGCAGCAACAGCAGCAGCGACAGCAGCAGCAACUUCGGCAGCAGCAGCAGUCGUGGCAACACCAACGCUGGGAUUAUUCGAGAAUGCAGAGCAAGAGUUGGAUGUGAACAACACAACACACGAUGCGGCUCAGAUCGAUUACGGACAGUAUGAUGCCAUUAGUUAUGGAGAGACAGGUGAGCCCAGCUACGCCAGCAUCGAACAGCAGCAGCAGCAGCAACAGUUGCCGGCGAGCGGAGCCGGAGAGCCGCUUUACAGUGAAAUCGGAAAUCCCACAGACUAUCAGCCAUAUGCAGCGGAUGCAGCGAACGGAGCAGCAGCAACAGUUCAGGAGUUGAGCCCAGCAGAUGGAGCUGGAGCUGGAGGAGGAGGAGCAGCAGCAACUGCUGGAGGGGAAGCGGAGACGCAGCAGCAACAGGAGUACUCCAAUAUGGAUUACAGCAACUACGAUGCGGCGCAGUAUGCAGCUGGCUAUGAUCCCAAUGCCUAUCCGGGCUACAUAUACGACGAGACAACCGGUCAGUAUAUAGCCGAUCCCAAUGCUGCGCAGUAUGCCCCAGAUGGCAGCUAUGCCACACAGGACUAUGAUGCCGGCACAGCCAACUAUGAUUACUAUGGCGAGCAGCCACAACAGGAGCAACAGGAACAACAGCAGCAGGAACAACAACAGCAGCAGGAAGUCGCGUAUCCAAUGUCCGAGAAUAACAGCGAGGGAGGCGAGUUGCUGUUGCCACAGGAAGUGGAGCAGGCAGCAACCACCGCCACAGCGACCCCUGCUGAUGGCGUUGAUGCAAAAAGCGAAGCUACUCCCGCACCUCCAGCAUCGAAACCUGUCAAACCCACAUCGAUUCUUGCGACGACAGACAAACAAGCGGCGCCUAAUGAUGCGCAUCAGCAGCAGUCACAGCAGCAACCACAGCACCAGCAACAGCAGCAGCAGCAGCCAAAGAAGAAGAAGCGCGUUAAUUUCGUUGACAGCAGCGAAACGGAUGACAGCUCAAGCGCGAAACCAGUCCAGCAGGAGACGACAACGACAAACUCCAACAGCAACAGCAACCAUCCACAAGCUGCAACAGCAACAACUUCUCAUCCUCCGGGUGGCAGCGAGAGUGACUUCGAUUUUUCAACGGGCAGCGAGGCGAAGAAUUAGAACAAGCUGCAAAACACUUGAGCUCUAAUUUGCUGCCAUUUGGGUUAACCAAAUCGUUUUCAACAAUCCACUGACCAUUCACUGUGACCGCAUUCAAUUUAUGGCCACUGCAUUUCCUUUCCCUAAUUCAAUGCGCAAUUCGCUAUUUUGUGUGUGCAUAACAUAUUCAAGCGCAACUUAUUAAAUUGUCAACUGUUGAACUCGAAUUGCGAAUUGAGAGACAGUUUCAUCAAAUAAAGCAAAACUUGGUAUUAAAUAGAAUUUAAUUUAGACGCUUUGUUUAAUGCACUGAAAUUGCUACUAAAAAAAGAAACUAAUAAAAUAUUGCAAGUAAGCAAAUGUAUUUGUGAAAUUUACAAAAUACAAAAUGUGGAAACUCUGUAAGACAAAACUUUUAAAAUAUGUAUGAAUAAUAUAAUGAUUAACAAAAACUGAAAAAUUGAAAUGGAAAUGUAGAAACUCUGUAAGACAAAACUUUAAGAAUGUGU